AUGUUCUUCAUGUCCAGUGGAUUCACACUCAUCUCCUUCUACCACAAUCUCAUCAAAAUCUGCCAGCUCUACCAAACCCGAUCUGAUUCACCCCAUACCUCCAACAAACCAGAGAUGGCCAUCACCCCGCUGGAGGUGGACCCCAUGGAGGUGGACUCCCCGGCUUCCAGCCACAGCGCCGUUAGUGGUCCCGCCAACCAAGAGCCAGCUUCAGCAGUCGAUCCUGCGCCCAAGCCCACCGGGGGCUCGCGAGUCACCAAGAAGACCAUGAGAAGGAUGGAGCAAAAGCUCAACAUGUUACGGAGGCAGCAUACCGACAAGCUGUUCCAGCUGCGGGAGGGAGGUGCGGAGAUGAGCGAGGAGGCUGUGAAGCAGACUCGGGUUCUCAUGAAGUUGAUUCACUAUGGCAAGGCUGUUGAUGAGUUGAAGCUGGAGAUGUUGGCAGAUGCCAUUGAGGAUCUUGGCUGCGAUGGUUAA